UCUGUCAUUUAUGGUCAGAACACAGAAGACUAGUCAUGGCUGUGAAGACUGCUUCUCUAACUGCUCUUAUUAUUACUCUUGCUGGUGUCAAGGCGAUUGUGCUGACACAGCAGAAGACCCAAACUUCAAAACUGGGACAAAAUGUUCAGAUUCAGUGUACUAAGGACAAUUCUGGCUGGACACUAUCCUGGUACCAACAGACGCCAGGCAGUGCUCCAAAGUUCUUGCUUGCUGAUGGCACCAGGGCAAGCGGUUUGCCCAGCAGGUUCACAUACACUGAUAAUGGCUAUACUGAGUACCUGAACAUCAACGGAGUGACGGCUGAUGAUGAGGCAGUUUACUACUGUGCUGGUGUUGGCUCGCCUCACAGUGUUCCAUAUGAAGCUCGGAGGUUUUUGUACAGGCAUGUUUCACUGUGGAUUAGUUACUUUGGAGGAGGCACAAAGCUGACAGUGGCUGAUGCUCAUCCUCCGACUCCCCCUGAGCUGGUCUUGUUGGCCCCCUCCCAGGACCUCUCCUCUGGGGACAGGGCUACGGUGGUGUGUCUGGCUCAGGGCUUCUACCCUGACGGUGCCACCCUGACCUGGUCAGAGGAGGGCAAAGCUGUGGCGGGCACUGACUUCCAGACGGGCGAGUCUAAGCGCCAGUCUGAUGGCACCUUCUCCCUCAGCAGUGUCCUGACGGUCCAGCCGGAACGCUGGCGCUCUGGACACACCUACACCUGUCAGCUGAGCCACUCCGCCCUCUCCAGCCCUCUGACCAAGAGUGUGGCACACGGACAGUGCAGCUAGAGGCAGAGAGCAGGAGUCAGCCAAGCUGCACACACACAACACUGUCUUAGCUACUGCUAUAUGCUCACAUAUUCAUAUGCACAGACAUUCGCUAUAUCCUACCUUAUGCGUUCUUCUACCAAAGGCUACAUAGUGUUGUUUUGUUGAUUUGAACUGCUUGAUGUUAUUUUGAAAAUCUCUUCACAAAUGCAUCUCAAUAAAACAUUCUGAUUUCAUAAA